CAGCAGCAGCAGCAGUGCAUCAUCCACAUUUCCCGUCGCUGACCGUCGGCGGCAGCGAUCAUCACCAUCAUCAUCACGCCUCCGGCAUACCGAUCAGGAUGGAUUGUGACUACUCGAAGCUGUUCUACGCGAAACACAGUGGACUGGGAGCCGGCACCAUUACGACAAGGUGGACACCGAUGGGUCCAGGACCAACGGCUGGUUCGUUGGUCCCGGACGACACCAAUGGAAGCGGUGUCGACAGCAAACACCUGGACGUCGGCGACAUGAGCGAUGAUGAACAGGACCUGUCGUCGGCCGAUGCCGAAGGUGUUUGGAGUCCCGAUAUCGAGCAGAGCUUCCAGGAGGCGCUGGCCAUCUACCCACCCUGCGGCCGGCGGAAAAUCAUCCUCUCCGAGGAGGGUAAAAUGUAUGGACGCAACGAACUGAUAGCCCGCUACAUAAAACUGCGAACCGGAAAGACGCGAACACGGAAGCAAGUCAGCUCUCACAUACAGGUUCUGGCGAGACGGAAACUGCGAGAAUUCCAGGCCAAGAUGAAAGUGCAAUUCUGGCAGCCCGGUUUACAGCCCAGCACAUCACAGGACGUAAAACCAUUCGCCCAAGCCGCCUACGGUCCGAUAGGGAAAACCGCGACCGCCGUCUCCGAUAGUGGCCUCCAGGCGGCUCACCCAUGGGAAGGCCGAGCGAUAGCGACGCACAAGUUCCGGCUUGUCGAGUACAGUGCCUACCUGGAGUUGCGUGUUGAAGAUACUUACCACAAGCACUUAUUUGUACAUAUAGGCGACCAGCCGGCCCAUCCGCUGCUCGAGUCGGUCGAGGUGAAGGAAAUCUACGACAAAUUCCCGCAGGCCGGCGGCCUGAAGGAACUGUACGAAAAGGGUCCGAGCAAUGCGUUCUUCCUCGUAAAGUUCUGGGCGGAUCUGAACACGAACAUCGCCAGCGAUGCGGGAGCCUUCUACGGUGUCAGUAGUCACUACGAAAGCAACGACAACAUGGUGAUCACCUGCUCGACCAAGGUGUGCUCCUUCGGCAAGCAGGUGGUGGAAAAGGUUGAAACCGAGUAUUCCCGCUUCGAGAACGGCCGGUACGUGUACCGGAUCAGCCGAUCGCCGAUGUGCGACUACAUGAUCAACUUUAUCAACAAGCUGAAGCGCCUGCCCGAGAAGUACAUGAUGAACAGUGUGCUGGAGAACUUCACCAUCCUGCAGGUCGUCUCCAACAAGGAAACCGACGAAACGCUGCUCUGCGUGGCGUUCGUAUUCGAGGUGUCCACCUCGGAGCACGGAGCGCAGCACCACAUUUACCGUUUGGUGAAGGAAUAGCAUGAGAUCAAUUCCAUGUCCCUUACCGUAAGCCAGCAUCAGCAACAGCAGCAGCAAAAUCAGAGCCAAACUGUUGACAGCAGCGGUAGCAGCCUAAUGUUAAGUAAUCUAAGUAACCAUAGCUACAAUAACGGUAACGAUAGUAACAAUAACAAUAACGCUAGCAGUAACCGUAAUGAUAACAGAGCAGGAGUAGGUGGAGUGUCGGGUGUGGAGAAUAGCGCUGCUCUUGCGGCGGCCGUCGUUGACGAAACGUCGGCGGUGGUUCUGGGACUAGGUGUUGAAGCGGGCGGCGGUUUGUCGGCACUUCCGGCUACCGUGGUGGCCUCCGAGCCCAGUUCAGCGGUAGAGUCCCAUGAGCAGCACUAUAACAACUUGAUGGCCGCGGCAGCUGCUGCCGUUGCCGUGCACCGCAGGUCGGUGAAGCAGGAAUUUACCGGCGGUUUGGGCGGCCCAGCCAGCGAUGACUUCCCGGCGGCUGUCCAGUCCCAUCAGGAGCCUUCCUCGUCCACCGGUGGUGGUGUCGAGUGAGCUUUCGAUUUUCCACCACGAACCUGCUUUUACUAUGCCACGGCGCUGCUUUCUACGGUGUUGGUGUUCAGAGAGAACAAUUCGUGUGCGUAUCUUUCAAGUUUACUUCCACAUCUACCGAAGCACCCGUACAGCAACACAUUCUCACGCAUACACACUCAUACAGACACAGACUAUUUUAAAUUGUUUGUUUUGAAGAGAAAAAAAAACGAAAAACAAAUCGUGAAACUAAAUUUUAAGAUGAAAAAACAGUGCCUAUAUUACGUGACAAACAAAACUAAAGAAGAAGAAACAAAUUACAGCAAAAAGAGAGAAAUUUGUGUAAAAAAAAUACGAAA